AUGAGCCCAAAAACUGGCCACACCGUUAUUGGCAAGGCAAGUGUCGGCCACCGCGAGGACUUAAGACUGGAUGCUGCUUCUAAGGAUAACGACAACCGCAAACACUCCCAGAACCGCAGCGCCCCAACUCCUACCAACUCGAAGAACAAGACCGUCAUCGCCACCACAACAAGCCGCCUACUCUCCCUUCCCCCAGAGCUCCGACAGAACAUCUUCAUGGUCCUCUGCACCAGCCUCUGUCCCCUUCGCCUCUGCCACACCCGCGCCCUGUCUGCGCUGCCUGAGACGCCCACCCACCACCGCGCUAACUACGCUUCCACCCACCUCAGCACGGCUGAGCAACGCGCCUACGCCCAGAUCCGCGGCCUGAGCAUCGUCUGCAGCACGUUCCAGCAGGAUCUCCUGCGCGUCGAGUCGAUCUGGUUCACGAGGCGCUUCGCGCUGAACCUGGGCGAUUUCGCGGCCUGGGUGGACGAGGCUGCUGCAUCGUUUUCUGCCCAGCAAAAGAAGGAGGAAGCGGAGAAGAAGGAGCAGCAGCAGCAGGAGGAGGAGGAGGAGGAGGAGGAGGAGGAGGAGGAGAAGGACUCCGAGGGAACGACCAAAGUCGAGAAAACCAACGCCAACUCCGACGUCUUGCCUUUAGCGCCCCGCCGCAACAUCCACAUCACCCUGCUCCUCUUCGACGAGCCUUUCAUCCGCGACCCGCCGCCCGCCUACCGCUGGCUCGUCACGCACAUCCUCCCCAUCCUCUUCGACGAGGACGACACGGCCACCAAACCCAGCUGGAACGGCACCGCUCCCAGGACCGGCGCCACCGCCUACACCCGCGCCUGGGUCACCGUCCUGCGCAAUUUCUCGCCUGCGCUGGCCCAACGGCUCGGCAUCCGCGGCGUCGACGUCGCCAACAUGCUGCGGAUGGCGAGAGAAGACCAGGUGGAUCAUAUCCCUGGCACAACCGACCCUGUUGUCGGCAACCCUCCGCUGAUUCGUGUGGCUGAGGGCAGGCCGGCUCCGGAGCGGAUGGUGGCUUACUUAAAGGCGAUGCUGGUGGGGCGGUUGGGGCUGUCGUCUGACAGGGUGUGGAUGAAGAGGGAGGAUUACCGUGGUCAGAAGGGAGGGUGGAUUUGA